GCCUUCAUUGCCGCGGAGUCGGCUCGACGAACCGCGAAGUCCGAGAUCGGGUCGGCCUGAGUCGACUUUUGAUUUUCGCACGCCAUGGGGAAGCCUACCGCCUUGGAUGCGGGACAUGUUCGAACGAAGGCUUGCGAGGAGAUGGGAGGCAGUAGUGCGCUGGGAGGCAGACACUCAAGGUGGGGGAGGAAGUAGUGGAAGCAGAAUCGUAGAC